GGAUAAAAACAGAAGCAUCCGUAAAACUUACUUCCUGAUUUUUGACAGCUGUACACAAUCCAUAAAAAUGAAUGUUAUUUUGGCAAUCAAGCAGUAUAUUAGUAAGAUGAUAGAGGAAAGUGGUCCAGGGAUGAAAGUUCUUCUUAUGGACAAAGAGACGACUAGUAUUGUCAGUAUGGUGUAUGCUCAGUCAGAGAUUCUACAGAAGGAAGUGUAUUUAUUUGAACGUAUAGAUUCUGGAGGGCGGGAAACAAUGAAACAUUUGAAAUGUAUUUGUUUCCUACGACCAACCAAAGAAAAUGUUGACAUGUUAGCUCAAGAAUUGAGAAUGUCAAAAUAUGGAUUGUAUUAUAUAUAUUUCAGUAAUGUUAUAAGUAAACAAGAUGUAAAAACUCUGGCAGAAGCAGAUGAUCAAGAGGUAGUAAGGGAAGUUCAGGAGUUCUUUGGUGAUUACAUUGCUGUCAACCCACACCUGUUUACAUUGAAUGUACAAGGAUGUUAUAAAGGUAUAGACUGGUCACCGGCAGCCUUGAAGAGAACAACACAGGGCCUCACCUCUGUACUUCUAUCCCUGAAAAAAUGUCCAGUGAUACGCUACCAGAACUCAUCAGAGAUGGCACACAAACUAGCUGAACAUGCCAAGAAUACUAUAACAAAAGACGCAGGAUUGUUUGAGUUCAGACGGACAGACGUCCCUCCUGUUUUAUUGAUACUGGAUAGAAGAGACGAUGCUGUUACACCAAUGUUAAACCAGUGGACAUAUCAGGCUAUGGUACAUGAGCUUCUCACUAUCAACAAUAACCGUGUUAAUCUGUCUAAAGUACAUGGCAUCUCUAAAGAUCUACAAGAAGUUGUACUGUCAGCUGAACAUGAUGAAUUCUAUGCUAAUAAUAUGUAUAUGAACUUUGGUGAGAUUGGUAACAACAUAAAAGAGUUGAUGGAUGAAUUCCAGAAAAAAUCUCAAAGUCAAGCUAAAGUUGAAUCUAUUGCCGAUAUGAAGGCUUUCAUUGAAAAUUAUCCACAAUUUAAAAAGAUGUCAGGAACUGUAUCUAAACAUGUGACACUGGUAGGUGAGUUGUCCCGACUGGUCGGCACAAAUAGUUUGCUCGAAGUUUCAGAGACAGAACAAGAGCUGGUCUGUAAGGGAGAUCAUACUGCUUCACUACAGAAAAUAAAAACAUUGUUACAUAACAACAGUGUAUCAAAGAAAGAUAAAUUACGACUUGUGAUGUUAUAUGCCCUACGUUACGAGACACACAGCAAUAACGACGUAUCAGGUCUCGUGGAAACAUUACGAAGACAAGGUGCAAUUGAUAAACAAAGUGGAUUGGUGUCAGCUAUAAUAGAGUAUGGUGGACGUAAAUCAAGAGGGAGUGAUUUAUUUGGCAGCACAGACCCAGUGGCAUUUACCAAACGUUUUCUUAAAGGUCUUAAGGGAGUUGAGAAUGUGUACACCCAACAUAAACCAUUAUUACAUGCAAUACUGGACCAGUUAACAAAGGGUAAAUUAAGAGAGGCAGCUUAUCCAUACCUGGGUACUGGACAACUUAAAGACAGGUCAGCUUGUACUAGCAAUAAUUGA